AUGAACGAACAGAGGACGACGAUGGACCGCGCGCGCUAUACCCAAAGCCAGGCGUCUCCGCCCCACCGCCCGGUUUCGGACUAUCCGAGCUCAAACCGAGCACACUCUCGAGCCCCUUCACUCAACCGACACGACCCAGGUAGUUCGAUGACACAAACACUGCUGCCUCUGAGCCGUACCCAUGACUCGGAAUUUUCACGGCCGAGCAACAAGGCGUAUAUCGUUGUCGAUAGCAUCGAUAUCGCACCAUCCCGAGACCGCAAUGAGUGGUACUAUCCCACCGUGCGCACCGUGGAUGAGGAAGAGACCGAGCCUCCGGUCGCACACGGCAAGCGCCACCGUGGUAACUGGGGAAACAAAAUGCAAGCCAACGCCCGCUGGAUGAAACUUGGCAAGUGUUCUAGCUGGGGACCUAGCCACGCCGAAUGGGAGAUGGAGGAGCGUGCACAGAGCUCGGAGCCACCACCCCGCCUUCCACAGCGGCGCUCCCCCACUCCUCCGUCGGCUGCUCCCUACGCAUCGCCCAUAUCUAUACACUCGAGCUUCAGUUCGUUUGUCCUCGACCCCUCGAUCCAGCAUUCGUUCCACUCGACGACGAUCAACGAGCUCGAGCGGACAGCAUCAGAGCUCAUUGAGGGCGAAAGCGCACUCCGCCGUGCUCUCGGCGCCCUGUUCCGAGCCAUGGAUGUUGAGGCUGACGAAGACAGACAGAGGUUCGCACUCCCCAGACCUCCAGGAGCAGCAAACGGAGAGCCCAAGCCGGAACCGAACGGGGAGAUGGAAGACGCAGAGGCGUCGGCUCGUGCACUCAUGCUUCCGAUUCAUCGACGGUUUAUUACCCCCCAUGCGGUCCCCCUUCCGCCGAUCUACGAGUCCAACAUGCUCAUCAAUCAAGAAACCCAAAUCGAGACGUUUGAAAAGAGUCUUGCGUUUCUGCGUGAACUCAUGGAUGAUGGUACCGAAUUUACCGAGCGCCUGGAAGAGAUUCGGGAAGGUCUGGGCACUGAGCGUGCGAUCCGCAAGGGUGUAUGGAAGGCAGUCCGGGUACGAGCACUGCAAGAGAUGGAGGGCGAGGCCAAUGACUCUGUAGACGAGUAA